AUGUCCCAGCAGACGCAGAUCGAUCGCGUGGCGACGUACUGGCUGCGUUGGACGGAGCGAUGGCCGACCGCCGCGCACCUCGCGGAGGCGACGCAGGAAGAGGUCAACGAGCUCUGGGCAGGUCUGGGGUACUACAGGAGGGCGCGGUUCCUGCUCGACGGCGCGCGGUGGGUCGUGGCGGAGGACGGCGGCGGCGGGAAGAUGCCGUCGGACGCAGCGUCGCUCGGAAAGAUUCCGGGCGUCGGGCCGUACACCGCGUCCGCGGUGGCGUCCAUCGCGUUCGACGAGCCGAUCGCCGCGGUGGACGGGAACGUCCUCCGCGUCGUGUCCAGGCUCGCGUGCGUUCGAGGCGGCGGCGACGUGACCAAGCCCGGGACGAGCGCGGGGAAGGCGUGCAAGGCGGUCGCGGACGCGUUGCUGUGCGCGGAGCGGCCGGGGGAUCAUAAUCAGGCGCGUUCACACGAGGGUUCACGCGCUUCGUUUUUCACCCACCGCUCGGGUUCGUUCACUACGUUGUACUUGAUCGCGUGCGUCGCCUUUCGACUGACCGACGAUGGACUUUUUUUUUCGUAUGAAAUCGCCCGUCGUAUCCAGGCGAUGAUGGAGCUGGGCGCGACGGUGUGCACGCCUCGGAACCCGAAGUGCGGGGAGUGCCCGGUCGCGUCGAUGUGCGCGUCGAGGGCGCUGGAGCUGGAGGAGGAGGCGAACGUCAUAACGGCUGGUAAGGAACCGUUUCGCGUCACGGACCUCCCGGAGAAGGACAAAAAAGCGGACAAACGCGAGGAAACCGUCUCCGUGAGGGUCGUCCGCGGAACGCGAGGAGACACGGAGACUGGCGCGGACGGCGCGUCGAAGAAGAGCGCCGCGUUCUUCUUGCUCGUGAAACGCCCGGAAGGCGGCCUGCUCUCCGGGCUGUGGGAGUUCCCGAGCGUCGUGAUGGAGGAUACCGACGCGGACGAGGACGCGUUGCGGGCGGCGGCGGAUCGACUCCUCGCGGAGACACGAUGA